AGAACAUAACUUAAUGGAAUACUACGAGGAGUCUCCGGCUAUCAAUCGGUAUAACCUAUACGUUACAAAGUUCUUCUUUAUUUCAUUUAUAGCUAUUCAUCUUACCUUAUAAGGAAAAACUCGUUUAAUCAGUAAACGCUUCGUUUCCUGCAUCUGAGGUAAAAUAUUUAAAUUAAAACAAUGUCUGAUCCUCGUAUAAGAACUCUAAAAAUUAAGACUGGAGUUGUGAAACGUCUCGCGAAAGAAAAAGUCACUUACGAGAAAGAAGCAGCACAGCAACGUGAAAGGAUACAAAAAUUAAAGGAACAGGAUAAAGAUGGUUAUGAUAUAAAAAAGCAAGAAGAAGUACUUCAAGAAUCUCUCAUGAUGAUACCAGAUUGUCAACGGCGUCUUGUUAAAGCUUUCGAAGAACUUAAAAAAAUUUUGGACACAGAACAAGAUUUAAAAGAGGUUGAAGAUUAUAUAGAAGCAGAAAAGGUACUGCAAGGAGCAGAAGCUCAACUUCCCAAAGAAGGAGAAAUUAUGGAGAUGUGUUAA